AUGGCUGGUGGAGCUAUCAUCGCCACGGCGGAUACCGCCCGUAUUGAGGCGCCCGUCACCAUGAAGGCCUACCUCAUGUGUGUCUUCGCUGCCUUUGGAGGUUUCUUCUUUGGCUACGAUUCCGGUUACGUUGGUGGUGUUUUGGGAAUGAAGUACUUCAUUCACCAAUUCCAAGGCUUGCCUUACCCAGCUGCUGGAGCCACCGCGUCCGAAUCUGCCUACUUCGUCCUGUCUUCGUCCAACAACUCCCUGAUCGUCUCUAUCCUCUCGGCCGGCACCUUCUUUGGCGCCGUCAUCGCUGGUGAUCUCUCCGACUGGUUCGGACGUCGCACAACCAUCAUUGCCGGCUGUGGUGUCUUUGCUGUUGGUGUUGCUCUCCAACUCGCCUCCUCCACCAUCGCACUGCUCGCUGUUGGCCGUAUCAUCGCCGGUUUCGGUGUUGGUUUCGUCUCUGCCAUCAUCAUCCUGUAUAUGUCAGAGAUCGCUCCCCGCAAGGUCCGUGGUGCCAUUGUUGCUGGAUAUCAAUUCGCCAUCACCAUUGGGCUCAUGGUUGCCUCGUGCGUCGACUACGCGACCCAGAACAGACUGGAUUCUGGCUCCUACCGCAUCCCGAUCUCCAUCCAACUCAUCCCGGCCAUCAUUCUCGCGACUGGGCUCUUCAUCCUCCCAGAAUCCCCAAGAUAUUUCGUCAUCAAGGGACAACUCGAGAAGGCCGCUGCCGUCCUGUCUCGUGUCCGCGGCCAGCCCCAAGACUCCGAGUACAUCCAACAGGAACUUGCUGAGAUUAUUGCCAACCACGAGUACGAGAUGAGCGUCAUCCCCCAGAGCGGCUACUUCUCAUCCUGGGCCAACUGCUUCAAGGGCGGUCUCUCUAAGCCUUCCUCCAAUCUCCGCCGCACGAUCCUCGGCACCUCCUUGCAAAUGAUGCAACAAUGGACUGGCGUGAACUUCAUCUUCUACUACUCCACCAUCUUCCUGCAAUCCCUGCACACGAUCUCCAACCCCUUCCUCAUCUCCAUGAUCUUCACCAUCGUCAACGUGUGCUCGACGCCCAUCUCCUUCUGGACCGUCGAGCGCUUCGGCCGCCGCACCAUCCUCGUCUGGGGCGCCCUCGGCAUGGUCAUCUGCCAGUUCAUUGUCGGCGCCGUCGGCACCGCUCUCCCCAACGACCAGAACGCCACCCGCGCCCUCAUCGCCUUCAUCUGCAUAUACAUCUUCUUCUUCGCCUCAACCUGGGGUCCCGGCGCCUGGGUCGUCAUCGGCGAGAUCUUCCCGAUCCCCAUUCGCUCCCGCGGUGUCGGUCUCUCGACCGCUUCUAACUGGCUGUGGAACUGCAUCAUCGCAGUCAUCACCCCCUACAUGGUCGGCGAGAACAAAGGCAACCUCGGCCCCAAGGUCUUCUUCAUCUGGGGCUCCCUCUGCGCCGUCUGCUUCGUGUACUCCUACUUCCUGAUCCCCGAGACCAAGGGCCUGUCCCUGGAACAGGUCGACCGCAUGUUCGAGGAGACGACGCCGCGCCACUCCAGCAAGUGGGUGCCGCACUCCACCUUUGCGGCCGACAUGGGCAUGACGGAGAAGAGCCACGAGGUGAUCCCGCAGCACGAGGAGGAGAAGAGCUUUGCUUAG